GACGGGCACACGCCACACGGCCCACACACGUUGAACGCUAGAAGCUAGGAAUUACGGAAGUCGGACGAGCGGAUCGCUGCCGUUUGUGCUUUCGCUUUUGCUUUCGCUUUCGUUGCCCGUUUUAGAAUGAAAAUUCUCUGUAUUAUCUGUCACGAUCUGCUAAUACCAACCGAAGACAUUUUUUUCACUCAUUGCGGACAUGUGUUUCAUCACCGCUGCCUGUCCCAGUGGUUCGAAAGGUCGAAGACCUGUCCGCAAUGUCGUGCCAGAACGGCAGAAGAUCGAAUCCAUAAGGCCCACUUCACGGUUUCGAAUACCGAGGAUAACGAGGACAAUUUGCAAGGGAGGAUCGACAGCCUGAAAUUUCAAGUUUUACUGAACGAAAGGAACAUCAAGCAUUACAUUUCGAAAAAUGCGGUUCUGGAGAAGCAGAACGCUGGCCUCAGACUGGAAGUGCGAAAGGUGGAAAGCGAAAUCAGGCAGAAAAACUCGAAUAUUUAUGCCUUAAAGGACGAGAUAAGAUAUUUCAAGGAGAAGCAUCAAGAGUAUGAAGUACUGAAAAAGGAGUUAUCAGAGAAGAAAAGGGAGGUGAAGCAGUUUCGAGACAUAUAUAAAACACUGUCGACGAGUACGCUGGAUGAUAUGCAGGAUAUAAUUAGGGAAACGACUGAUCGCAACACGUUAAUGAAUUAUAUUUUUGUUAUGAAAAAGAUAAUGUCUAAGAAAACGAGAACAAUCAAUUAUCUGCAAGGUCAGCUUUUAAGACACCGUGGCUCCCUAGAAGAAGAGCGAUCUAAAAAAGUAGACUUUGAGCAAAUAAACACAAAACAGGAAAGUGCAGAUCAAAGUGAUUCAUCGUCUUCAGAGGCAGAAGUUGAAAUCAUUAGUGACUCGAGCCAGGAAAUGUACUCUAGACAUAAGUCUACACUUGACGAAUGUCCAACCGUUACAAAAAAAGCGAAACUGUGUUUGCGAUCAGGUAACAGUAGCGAUAAGACGAAUGAUAUGAUUACGAACGAUAUUAGGAGCACCGCAGGGAUAAGUUCACAAUCAAAACAGGAAAAAUGUUAAAACCGUAAAAAAGUAUUUUGUGAUAUCAUCCUUAAAUUUAAGCGUUCGUGUAAAAAAUAAUUCAUAUUAAGAUUAAUUUUUGCUACAUCAACAUCUGCUACAUUGAUUAAAUUAUGGAAUAAGAAUAGAAUUCUGUACAUCAUGAAAUAUUAAGCUGGAGAUAUCUCUCCUUAUAGUGAAAUAUCUUCCUCAAUUUUCAUUCUUCAAAUCUAGAAUCCCAAUUAGGUUUGCUCUUGAUAGUGCACUUUAUUUUGCAUCGUCAUGAGGGUACAUGGCGAGCAAGAAGAAAAUUUUAAGUUAAAAAGGGAGAUUCCAGAAUAGUGGCAAAUAAAAUGAAGAAUCUUUACUAAUUUUUUGAUAAUAAUUAUUAUGAACUGUUUCAUCUUUCUAUGGACAAUUUAUAUGAGAUGUAAUGUCUCAAUUAAUAUCUGUACUUUAAACCUUCAAACAGUAAUUAAAAUAUUAUUGCGCUUUCUCGAAAGUAACGCUAAAAUGUAUAUUGAGAUUAAUAUAAAAAUUUGUAUCUUUUUUUUACAUUAAUGAUUGUAUUUGUCAAUACGUCGUGUUGUAAAAUAAUGUGUACUUAAUCUGAAAACUAUUUUUUUAAUACAGAGUAUAUAUUUUGUGUGUAUGUGCAUUUGCAUCUGUAGUCAUCUACCUCAAGAGAAACCUACACGUGAUUCUCAACGUAGUGCAUAACUCAGAAUCGCUUGUAACUACUCAAUUAAGUUCCACAUAUCUUUUUAUUAUAAUCCACGUUUAAUUUAAUGUAAACCAAAUACUAUAACCACCACGUGCCAAAAAUAUUUCCAGAAUAUAAGACAGUGAAAUAAAAAAAGAGUAAUGAUGAAAUCAUGUAUAAUAUAAGUGAGCUUAUUAGUAUAACGGAUUACUCGCCCGUCAAGAGAUUAAGCGAUUUUCAAGUGUAUCUAUAAACUUUUAUUCAGUUUUCAUAAGCGCUACAUCAUUUUCAUACGUAAAGAGAUAGACAAAAGGAAUUCUGACGUCACAUGUGUAUAUGUACACGGGAUACUUCGCGGACAGGGCAUGCCAUUUAAAUGUUACAAAAAACGCAUUGGUUCUUAUCAGUAGCAGUCGUGUUUUUUAACAAUUGGAUUAUUAGUCGGAAUACUCUCUUAUAUCCUAGGAACUGAAAAACGAGUACUUUUUGUACGUAAGACUAGUAUCGUUCAUCUAUGCUUUCCAUAUUCUGCAAUUGUAAAUACGAACAAAGUCGUCAUUCGAAGCGUCAUCUAAUGCGUCAAUACUUUUAUACUCGUUUACAUAUUAUUACUUAUUUUUUUCUUUAAUAACGUUAUUGUACGUCAAGCGCCGGUACGAAUGUACAAAACACACUUUGGCUCGCCAAACCAAGUUUCCGCCAAACUUGUAACAUAUUAAAAAAUUGAUUUAAUUGCAA